AGGUUGAAGAUGGCAUCGUUUAUUGCUAUCGUUAACAUUUAACAAUUUCGUGUAGGUGCUAAAUAUGAUGAAACAUCACAAAACACUAAAAUAUUACUAUGACAAUGGUUGUAUUAAAACUAAAAUCUUCUUGACAAAUUUUAUAGGUUUUUUUUCUCUCAUUCUCCAGACCUUAUGCAGCUUUUCUGUUCCUUCGUAUAAGUGUAUUAGUGGCAGGUGUGUGUGUUUGAGAGAGAGAGAGAAAGAGAAAUGCGAGAGAGUGAGAAAGAAAGAUUUGCAGACACGUCGAUUUAACAAUUUAUUAUGGUCUUACAUAUUUCGCACUCGUGUUCUAUGUUUCUCCUAUUUUGUCGAUUUGAUCAUUACCCUCGUCGUCUAAAGCCUGUCUUUUAUUAAGUAUUUAAGCACGUGUUAAAGUGGCUGUUUGAUGCCGGAGCAGUAAUAUAAACGGCUAGACUUUAAUUGCUGCUAUCAUUCGAGUGAGCCAGGCAUGAUCACCGCACACUGAAAAAGUUCCCCAACUGCUGUUCAGAUUUGCCGGCCCUUAUAUUCUCUGGAGGGUAGUAAUUAUCGGGUACAAAUGAAGGCAAAAGCUGGGAGCAAUUACCCUUCCCAGCUAGCCUUUCUCUGUGUCGUCUGGAGCAAUGGGUAACUAUAUAGAAAGAGAAAAACAUAGAUACAAGUGAAACUUAAUUGCCAUAGGAAAAUAUCAACUGAAACAAAACCAACAGAAAAAAAAAAAAGUUUUUACAAGCCCCAUCUCUCUCUCUUUUGUUUACACUUCUACAGAUUGGGAACUAUAGUCUUAAUAACAGUAAAGCCGGUGCUUAUGAGGCACGCCGCUAGGCGGCAGCGCGUAUCGUUAGCUGUCGAUGAUGAUGAUCAUAAUGAUGACGAAAACGAUGACGCCGAGCAGGAGCUUUUGAUUCACUAAAGUUAUUGACUGAACUAUUUUCCAGUCUCAACCCGUCAAAAAAGACUGAAAAGCCAUGGAUGGGCAUUAUGGACAAGCGACGCACAUGUGUAAUUACUGCAGCAAGGUUGUUCCAACCUAUGGCGAACUGGUGGAGCACAAGAAAACUCACGUUGGGGAUCGGCCUUUCUCCUGCCACAUCUGUCACAAACGCUUCACUCAGAAGGCCCACCUCAACAUUCACAAGAGAACACACACUGGCGAGAAGCCAUACUCCUGUCACGUUUGUCACAAACGAUUUGCUCAGUCAUCUCAUCUCAACAGCCACAAGCGGGUCCAUGCUGGUGACAGACCAUUUUUCUGUGUCUUGUGCAAUACAGGGUUCUCUCAGAAACACCGUUUUGAUGCCCACUUGCCCUGCAUGCACCAGUCACCAAGCAGCCGGAACUCAAAUCUGGUGACCAGUAAUGCUGUCACACCUGACAUGCAUUCAGGCUCUGCUCAUGCCAUAGCUGCCUCUGCUACUGCAGCUGCUUCUGCUGCCUUUGCUGCUGCAGGAAGUGGUCUUGAUGCCGAUGAUUGCAGUUUUGCUGAUCAAAAGCCUGACAUCAACUACCUCCAGUCCCUCAGCCAGCAAGCAUUGAUUCAGCAGUUGGCUGAAAUUUCUGUUCCAAGCAAUGCCAAUGUGGGACACCCUUUUGAUGUUAAUCAUGAUCAUGAAGAGAGUGGAACCAAUGAUAGCUUUUCAGGAAACGAAGUGCCAGGCACAUCAGGUAAUGAAGACAUGAGAGCUCCAGGAAGCAUGUCAGCAACAUACAUGCCAGCCUCAUCCACACACAGAAGGAAGCCAGCCUUCAUUAGACGUGUUGACAAUGAUAGCUGUGCUAUAGGGGAAACUGCCAUGAUUCCACCUUCUGAAGAUGAUAAUGAUGGGCAGAGAAACUUUAUAAAUGGUAGUGACAUGCUUGAGGAGAUGUCAUCAAAUCACAACCACAACAGCUUCAACAGCAAUGGCAGGCAAGGUAAAAGCUCAGAAGAUUUUUCUAGCGACAGAUCACAGCUACCAUAUCAGAAUGGGAAAUGCUCUGAUGAGCAAAUUCAAGGCCCUGUGCCAGCAAAUCAGUCUCUGCUUCCCACAAGGGUUUCCCCAAAAGACAGCUGCACUGCUAGACAUGGAACGUUUGCUGAAAAGAUCCAGUCUUCCGUCCCAUCUUUGUCAUCUCUGGGAAGAGCCAAUAAUCGUAUAACAUUAGUCAACUUCACACCAGAAGAGCUGCUGAACCACCUAACAUCGAGGCCUGAUAUACACAGGUGUGAGUUCUGCUGCAUCAUUUUCCAGGAUGCUGCCAUGUAUCAUAUUCAUCGCAACAUGCAUGAUAAAAAUGAUUUGCGCUGCUGUAACCAGUGUGGAAAGAUGCUGCAGGACAAAUAUGAUUUUACGGCACACUUUCUCAAUGAACAUCGCUGAUAGCACUUCUUUGUGCUUUUGUUUUACUAUCAUUUACAUAAAAAUGUACCCUUUGGAUGCAUUCAAUUUUCUUAAUAUUUUUCUUCACUUGAGACAUUUUUUUUAAGUGAGACUGUUAUCUGAAAAUUUCAACUUUCUGAUUUAGUUUUAGAAUGUUUUGCUCAUUCAGAUUUUUUGUUAUUUAUGGUUUUUUUAUAGUACAUUGAUAAUGGCAAUUAAUGCAGAAAGUUCAAAAGCAUUAUCAUAAAAAUUAUUAUGAAUAAUAAAUUGAUAAAAUAACAUCUCUAUGUUGCAAGUACUACAUCACAACUGUAGAUAACUGCCAGUUGAUGAUCAAAGGGAGGUAGUUAGAAUAAUCAGCCACUGAUCCUGUUCUGGACUACAAAAUUCAGAUUUAAAAUGCUUUGAUUCCAAGCUAACAAACAUUAGUAUGUGUUAGAUUUUCAGCAUGGUAACAUUGUGGCUGCAGAUCUGAACAUUUAUUAAUGGAACAGUAAAAGCCAGUCAGAAGUAAAAACUUGAAAUAAAGAUAAAUAUAAGUGCAUUCAAAAGUACAAUAUUGUUUAAAUGCUAUGAAACAUUGGGAUUACCUCUCAUUUCCUUGAUAUGAGCACAAAAUAAAGACAUUAGAAUCUGACAGAAUGUGAAAGGCUAAACUUUGAAUCCAGGUUAGGAUAAUGCAUCUGUAACUGUUCUCAAUGUUGUGCUCAACAUUAAUAAUUAGGGUGGCCUGUCUAUCACUUUAUUUUUGAUACAUGUAUUUCUUCUUCACUUCCAUCCCCAAUGUAAUCAUUAUAUCCGUCACCAGCUCUUGACACCUGUAUCACUUACACUGUUGUAGGAUAGGAUGUAGGUUAACUAUUGCAUGCUUCUUGUCAGGAAGUCAGAUUCAGCUUUGUAUUACGAGUGUUCCCUUAGUUCUUUUUUGUCAAUGUUAUUUAGGACUAAGAUGUAUACUAGUUCUCACUCCAAUGGCUUUGACAACAGCAAUAUAUUUCAAAUUUAAUGUUGUACAUAUAACUGGUAGCCUACAUUUCAUCUUUCAGCUGCAUGUGUAGUCAUCUUCCUCUAGCAUUCAUUAACAUUUUAAUUCUGCAAACUCUUCAAAUCCAUUACGCUAAAUUCUUGAUAUUUAACAUGGGCAUAGCAUUAAGUAUAAGAGCUAAUGUUUAGCAAGGCCUACAAAUUUCAUUCCCUUUAGAAAAAAGCAGCAUUGAAAUAUCAUUUAGCAAUUAGUUUGCAUCAUUAUAAAUCACCUUAGCAGCAAAAAAAAAAAAAUCCUUGUUACUCUAGAUCUAUGAAGGAAAGUGUUGAUGCCUUUGUGUUAACAUGGUUGUGUGGCAAAUAGCAUACUUAGCAUGUUACUCAGGGCAGUAAUUAUAACUGUGAAUAAGUAACACUUUUAAUGUUACUUUAUUUGUUAUGACAUUGUCUUUAUAUAAAUAACUCUAACUUACAAAAUGAAUUAUGCAAAAUCUUUGACUUUGUAAUAUUUUAGUGUCCGAGAAGAAUAGUUCCACAGCAAUCAAGCCGUUUAUUAAGCAAACUUCGUUUAUAGUCCAGAUUUGUGUAAAUUGUAUGGCAUGCUACAUUUCAGAAAACUUUUUGGAAAGUAGACGGAGUUGUUUAAGUUGCCAAUAGUAAUACUGGCAUAUACUUAUUCUAGAAAUGAUUUUUUAAUAAAGGAAGUUUGUGUACGGUA